AGUUAUUUUAAUCAGUGCUUCCAAAUUAAUUUUUUGUUAAGAACAGCAGUUCUGACUCUAUAAAAAGAAGAGCAGUUUUGAUUCUAUAAAAAUAAAAUGAAAAAUAAAAAGGUCUCUUUAAUUACUUAGGGGAGGCAUUUUCAAACUAUCUGUGUUGCUUAUAAAAUUAGUUGAAUUUUCAGUAAAGCAUUACAACUAAAUAGAAUGUCACUCUCUAAAACAGAAGAAUAUUAAGAAAAUAACAUAAUAAAAUAACUCUCCAGAUAAAUGAAUGCUUGAUUGACUUAAAUUCAUUUCUUUGGCUUCAAUAUUUCAUGCAUUGAUUUCCCAAUUAUGAAAAAUAUUACAUUCUUGUUCAAUAAAUCAAUGCAGAGUUGGUUUACUUUUGAGAAUUUAUUCCUAAAGUGUUUCAAGCAAGAAGCAACUGAGAACAGUGUCUUUGGAGCAAUUAACAUUUCCUUUCAUUCAGGGAAAGAAAAAGAGAAAAGUCAAAAUGAAAAAAAAGGGAAGAGAAGUGCUUUAAAUCCUUGGUUACCUUGCUUUUUCCGGAUCUGGAGAACAUUUUCCAGUUAGGCGAUGUGAAGUCUAGCACAAACAAUAGCAGCCCCAGCAGAGAAUGAUGCUGGUUUUUCAAACGCUGCCUUAGAAAUGAGUCCCUCCGCUCCAUGCAAAGUAAUUGGUCUAAUUAGGUGGAAGGAAGGAGCGCCUUUAAAUUCCACAGAUAUUAAGUCGUGUCAUCCACUUAACUUCUUAACAUCUGUUCCUACCUCUUGCGCAGCUCCCACCAUACAGGUCUGAAGGACACUUCUUGCUCUGGAUAGGGGGCCGUAUUUUCCCCCCUUUCUCAAACUAAGAAGCGCUGGCCUUCAUUUUGAUGAAAUGAAGCAAGUAUGUCACCUCCACCCAUCUUUAUUUCUCAAUUUGAUGCAUAUUUGCUUGGCGCAGGCAAAUUAUGCUCCUUACUUCUUUGACAAUGGACCCAGCAGCACCAAUGGGAACAUGGCCCUUCUCAGCCUUUCGGAGGACACCGAAGUGGGUACUCAUGUAUAUACUCUAAAUGGAACUGAUCCAGAAGGAGAUCCAGUAACAUAUGGCAUGGCGUUUGAAGCUGGGUCAAGAAAUUAUUUUACCAUCAAUGCAAAUUAUGGAAAUGUUACACUCAUCGAGGAGCUGGACCGAGAGAGAGAAGAUGAGAUUGAAGUUGUUGUCAGCAUUUCAGAUGGCUUAAGUACGGUGGCUGAAAAGGUCCGAAUACUUGUGACGGAUGCUAAUGAUGAGAGCCCAGAAUUUAUCAACUCACCAUAUAUAGUCCAAGUCCCAGAGGACACUCCUUCAGGAAGCAGCAUUUUCAAGAUUGAAGCAGUAGACAAAGACACAGGUUCAGGGGGAAGCAUUACCUACUUCCUGCAGAACAUCCGUACAAAUAAGUUUACUAUAGAUCGUCACAGUGGUGUCCUUCGUAUCAAAUCAGGGGUCACUCUUGACUACGAAAAAUCAAGAACUUAUUUUGUUACUGUGGUGGCAAAGGAUGGUGGAGGAAAGCUCCGUGGUCACAACAAGGUGUUUUCAGCCACAACCACAGUCACUAUCAAUGUGGAAGAUGUGCAGGAUACACCUCCAAUGUUCAUUGGCACUCCCUAUUAUGGAUAUGUCUAUGAAGACACUCUGGCGGGUUCUGAAGUAAUAACAGUGGUUGCUAUUGAUGGUGAUCGAGGAAAACCUAAUGACAUCCAUUACCAUAUUAUCAAUGGAAGUGAAAGUUCAUUUGAGAUAAAUAAUACAACUGGUGCCAUUUCUGUUAUUAAACCCCCAAAUCAGCUGAAGAAAGAAGUAUAUGAACUGAAAAUUGAGGCCUCAGAAGUCAGCCCUGAAAGUGAAGAACCAGCAUAUGCCUUCGCCAUAGUAACCAUAAGAAUUGUUGACCUCAACAAUCACCCACCAACAUUCUAUGGAGAAAAUGGGCUACAGAAUAGAUUUGAACUCACAAUGUAUGAGCAUCCACCAGAGGGUGAGAUCCUAAGAGGUCUCAAAAUUACAGUAAAUGACUCUGAUCAGGGAGCAAAUGCUAAAUUCAAUCUCCGUCUUGUUGGGCCUGGUGGUAUUUUCCGGGUUGUCCCUCAAACGGUCCUUAAUGAAGCACAAGUCACAAUAAUAGUGGAAGAUUCUGGUGCCAUAGAUUAUGAAAAGUUCCAGGUUUUCGCCUUCAAGCUUCUUGCAAUAGAAGUCAACACACCUGAGAAGUUUAGUUCCACAGCUGAUAUUGUGAUCCGUCUUUUGGAUACUAAUGAUAAUGUCCCCAAAUUUUCCUCUGAUUACUACAUCGCUAGAAUUCCAGAGAAUUCUCCUGGUGGAUCCAAUGUAGUGGCUGUAACAGCUACAGACCCGGAUUCAGGACUUUGGGGUGAAACGAAAUAUUCUAUAUAUGGAACAGGAGCAGAUCUAUUUCUGAUCCAUCCAUCUACUGGAAUUAUCUACACCCAGCCAUGGGCUACAUUAGAUGCAGAAGUCGCUUCCAAAUAUAACUUUUAUGUGAAGGCAGAAGAUACCGAAGGGAAGUACAGCUUAGCAGAAGUCUUUAUUACUAUACUUGAUGUCAAUGACCACUCCCCAGAGUUCAAUGAAAACAUCCAGGAAAAAACAAUGAUAAUUGGAUCACCAGUGAAAGUAGAGGCAAUAGACCAAGAUGCAGAAGAACCCAAUAACAUAGUUGAUUAUUCCAUUAUGCAAGCAGAUCCAGCCAAUGUGUUUGAUAUAGACCAAAACACUGGGGAAAUAAAGCUGAAAUCCUACAUAAGAUCCUUGGACAUCAUUCAUAACAUCACCAAUAACAAAGAUUGCAUAUGGUCAGUGGUAGUUCAAGCCAAAGAUCGUGGCUCUCCUUCAUUUAGUACUACGGCUGUCCUGAAGAUUGAUAUCACAGAAGAGAUCAAAUCAAGGGUAAGAUCCUAUGUGUUAGGCCUCAAGAGACGUCCGUGGACAAUAUUUGGGAUUUGCAUGAGUGGCAUCGUUUCUACCAUUUCUUUAACCAUGAUGAUCUCCACCAUUAUGUAUUGGAAAAGUGUGAAAAAAUCCAGACUUCAUCCUCUGGCUAAAAUCAGGAAAAUUAAACGAGGACCACCACGGCAUACUGUGUGCUGAACUGCUAAAUGAACUGUUUAUUCAUUUGUCCUUAAUAUGCCAUAUAUAAACACUUACAUUACCUCUUAUUUAACACUUGGAAUUUUUUAGAAAAGGAUUUUUUUUAAUUCAACUCAGUUUCUUUACCUCAUAAUGAUGGAGCAGUUUGUUUUAUUUUUGUAAUGUCUGUAAAAGAGUACUAGAAAGCAGAACAUGCUCAGUUUCUGCCCCUUAAAAACUGAUUGAACACUCUCCCAUUUGAAAAUUGAAAACUUAAUCUAUUGAAUAUUCAGCGGAGAAAAGACUAAUAUUUGCUCUGAGAAUGCUGUGUUACUUUGGGGGAAUUCUAAAAUACACCUCAAAGAAUAAUGACCACCUUUGAUAUAUCGGUGUCCUCUAAAAUUAUCUCAGAGUAAUUUCACAUCAACUGAGAUGGCGUCUCUUAAAAGAAUCCUGGGAAUUGUAGUUUAUCUUUGUGUUUGGCAUUUUCAACUGUUUGUGAGAAAUUCCCUUUUCACAAAACAACAACUCCCAGGUUGCCAUGGGAAGAGGACGUAACUGUUAAACCAAUUUGUAGUAUAGAUACUGUAUUCCCUUGGCUGUACACUAUAGGGGCUCCAGUGGUUUUUCUUCCACUUGCAAAGAACAGAUGAUAAAGUCUUGCAUAUGAAUGGUUCAAAACUAUUGCAACAUCCCGGGUAAAAGGCUCCACUCUUUAAUUUCUAUAGUUCAAUUCUGUGGGAGCAUGCCUUUAGUCUUUUGAUAUUAAACCUGAAUUACAAAUGCCAAAUUGGAGACAGUGUGUGGGUAUAGUGGUCAACCCUGGUUGUCACAUAUUUUGGACAAAUGAAAAUGCUGUCUCUGUCUUUGCCCCAGAGUGAGUCACAUGUUCUCUUUGUACUCU